UUAUUCUUAUUUCCAGAUUUAUGUAAAUUAUUAAAGUGUUGUGAAUAUAUUGUCGAUUUUCCUUAAAACCCAUUGGCCUUUGGUACCUAUCUCAUUGACUAAUUGACAAGAUUUCUAUACGUUAAACGUAUAUUAUUAUGCAAUAAUGAGUGAUCAUUCAUCACCCGAUCACAGCAGUAGUGAGGAGGAAUUUGGUCCUCAACCUAUUGUUGAUACAUCGAGUACAACCAAGAAAAGAAAAGUCGAUUUUAACGAUUCGUUAUAUUUGCAAAAUAUACCUUCCGCCACCCGUUAUGAACGUAGCUUUGGGCAUAAAGCAAAUGUAAGGCAUGUGGUUGCAAGCGCAUCGACUAGGUAUAUUGCCACCGGAAGCGAUGAUGGUUACAUCAACUUCUGGUACUACGACACUGAUGGAGUACAAUUUGUAAAGCGUAUUGAAGCGCAUAAAGCGCGAAUCACACAUAUGAGGGCGUCACUCGACGGUCUUGUAUUAGGCAGUAUCGCUUUGGAUCGUAAAUAUAAUCACAUCGACUUUCCAUCAUUCGACGUUGUAACCAGGAUUAAUCUGGAGUUUGUACCACUAUGUUUUGAAUUUAUAACGACCUCCAGUUCACCGCAUACAAUACUCGCAAUAGCUUCUGCCGGUGAUAGUAAAGUCUAUAUCUACAAACCUUCUAUCAGCUCGAAACCUGAACGCAUAGUGUCAAUCAGUACGAAAGACAUACAUACCAUGGUCCAUAAUUCAAGGUAUGAUGUAUGCUUAGCUGCAAAUCGCCACGGUGACGUGGAUGUCUUUGAUGCAAAUACCUUUAAAUUCCCAUCAAAACAAUCGCAAUUACAAUUCCAGAUGAAAGGUGACACUGAUUUAUACGAAAUGCGUAAAGUUAGUACCCACGUAGUGUCAAUGGCUAUAUCGCCCAAUGGAGAAUUCACUGCAAUGCAUUGCCACGACGGAAUGAUUCGGUUAUACCGUUUCGUAACUAUGAAACUAAUAAGGGUUUAUGACGAGAGCGCUUUAAUGUAUUCAGCUGCACAGAGUGAUCCGAAUGCAUCGUCAUUACACCUGGAAUCUGUAGAUUUUUUAAAACGCAGGGCACAGGAGAUUGAGUUAGCCAAAUUGGGUACGGAGCAGGGUGAAUAUAGUGGAAUGACUUUUGAUUCGUCCUCUAACUAUUUAAUAUACCCCUGCUUACUAGGGAUUAAGGUGGUUAAUAUCCAUACAAACAAUUUGGUGCGCCUCAUUGGAAGGUCAGAGUUGUCAAUCAGGUUUUUGAAAGUCGCUCUCCUGCAGAAUAUAUCGAAUAAAGGGCACAUAUCUUCAUCACGUUCCGAGAGUAAGGACGUGAUGGACCCAAUUAUUCUGGCCACUGGAUAUCAAAAGCAGAAACUUUAUGUAUUUAGCAAUAGGGAGCCAACUGAAGAAAGUUUAGAGACACGUGAUGUAGGCGCCCAUGUGGACCCGAGUACAGGUCAACUAACAACUAAAGGGAUAUCGUCCACACAUAUAGGUGAACGACUAGCACGUGAGGCUAUUAUCCAUACAAACAUGGGUGAUAUUCAUGUGCGACUGUUCUACAAGGACUGUAGUAAAACGGUAGAAAACUUUACCGUCCAUGCGCUGAAUGGAUAUUACAAUAAUUGCACAUUCCACCGUGUUAUUCCAAAUUUCAUGAUACAAGGAGGUGAUCCUAGCGGAGACGGUACCGGAGGGGAAUCCAUUUGGGGUAAUGAAUUUGAAGACGAAAUAGUACCACACUUGAAGCACGACAGACCUUUUACCCUCUCAAUGGCAAAUGCUGGACCAAAUACCAAUGGAUCGCAAUUCUUCAUCACAACGGUGCUAUGUCCGUGGUUAGAUGGGAAACAUACAGUAUUUGGCAGGGUCAUAUCAGGAACAGAUAUAGUACAGGCAAUAGAACAGGUACCGACGAAUAGCGACGACAAACCGCUCAAAGACGUGAAUAUUAUCAACGUCAAACCAAUAUUUUAAUGUUACAGAAUGCCUAAGUU